UGGUGGAUUUAGCCAAGAAGUACAAGAUCUGGAAAGCCUAAUCGCAUCUGCAGCUCAUACGGCUGAAGAUAUGAUUGAAUCUCACAUCGUCAAUCAAAUCCUUCCUCUUUCAGCUCAUGAUGAGGAAACAACUUUGAGUUUCUCGUUGUAUCUACAGAAAAAAAGGGCAAUUCAAGAGAAAAAUGCAGCUGCAGUUGGAGAUGUUGAUCAAUUUCAUGGUGAAUCAAACCUCAGCUACUUUGACUAUCUGCGACAGAUAAUUGAAGACAUGGAUGCUCUAAUCGAAAAGGCCAAUGAGUUGAAGGAGAAACAGAGAUUAAGAGAGGACCAACCCCCCACGCAUUCAACACCUAAGUAUACGGAGACCGGAGAAGAAAGUUCUAUGGUGGGAUUUGGUGAGGAGUUGAUUCAACUUCUCGACGAGCUCACCGGUCAUCGAUCCAAUCGGCAUAUCAUCUCAAUCGUUGGUAUGGGCGGCAUGGGUAAGACUACUCUUGCCAAAAAUAUUUAUGCUAAUCAACUCAUCAUCGAACAUUUUGAUAUUCGUGCUUGGGCUAUUGUAUCUCAGCAAUACAAUGCUAGACAAAUUCUUCAACAACUUCUUUCUGACAAAGACAACUCCUCCAAUAAAGAUGUACAUGAAUUAGGAGAACAAUUACAUAAAACUUUAUUUGGUAGAAGAUAUUUGAUCAUAUUAGAUGACAUAUGGAGUGUUGAAGCUUGGGAUGAAGUGAGGCGUUUCUUUCCCGAUAACGGAAAUGGAAGCCGGAUUCUCCUAACUACUAGGUUGUCAGAUGUGGCUAACAAUUGUGGCUCUUCUUGUUUUUCAAAGAAUCUUCUAGAUGAGAAUGAAAGUUGGGAAUUAUUCUGUAAGAAGUCAUUCCAAAAUGAAGAUUGCCCAACUGAACUUGAGGAAGUUGGAAGGAAGAUUGUUAGAUUAUGCAAAGGACUAGCAUUGUCUAUUGUUGUGAUUGGUGGGAGUCUUCUAAAGUCUCCUAGGACUAUAGGAUAUUGGAAGAGUGUUGCCGAAGAUAUAGAAUCAAAUCCAAAUUCAAAAGAGAAAGAAGAAAGCAUAGAUGUAUUGUUUUCAAGUUAUAACCACUUGCCUCCUCAUUUAAAGCCUUGCUUUCUUCAUAUUGGAGUUCUUAAACUUACUAAUUAUGAGAACCUCCAUAUCUCGAGAAUCAUCCAACUUUGGGUUGCUGAGGGAUUUUUGAAGUCAAAUGGAGGCCGAGUUUUGGAAGAGAUUGCAGAGGGUUACUUGAAAGGACUUAUUGAGAGGAAUCUGAUAUUUGUUGAGAAGCGAAGUAGAAAUGGGAAGAUGAAAUGUUGUGAUAUUCAUGAUCUUUUAAGAGACCUAUGCUUAAAAGUAGCUGAGCAACAAGGGUUUUUUCAUGUGAUCUCUCAAGGUCAUGUAGUAGGCACAGAACACCACCUGAUAUAUGAUACUUUUCCUUGGUUGAGAGAAAAUACUAGACCCUUACUUGCACGCUCUAUCAUGAAAUUUGAAUUUGUCGGGGAGGAUUUUUGUAAACAUAGAUUGUUGAGAAUUUUGGAUGUAAAAUAUACCGGGUCAGUUAAAGAAUCAUUAGGGUGUGUUAACUUGCGCUACCUUGCUAUUGGGGAAUCUGAUCACAGUGAUGUGGUGGAGCUUCCAAGUUCAUUAUCCUUGGUAUGGAAUCUGCAUGCUUUAAUCUUUCAUAAUCAUUAUUUGAUAUUUGUUGCACCAAUUGAAAUUUGGAAGAUGCGACAACUUAGGCAUAUAAAGUGUCAUCGAAUUUAUGUUCCUCAACCCGACGGACAAGAUGAGUUGCUAAAUCUUCAGACGCUUAGGGAAGCAGUGAAUUUGAGGUUGAGUGAGGAUGUGUGCAAGAUCAUUCGCAACAUCAAGAUAUUGCGUCUACGUUAUGAUCCUAACAUGGUAGGAUGGGAUGAUAGUUUGAUUGAGUGUUUGUGUAAUCUUGAUCGCUUGCAUAAACUUGCAUCACUCAAACUGAUAUGCCAUGUGAAUUGUAAGCUGAAUGAGAUGCUCUCGUUUCCCAGUUCGCUAAACAAGUUGACCUUGGGUCUGAUCAAUUUUGAUUGGGAUGAUCUGACAAAUAUUGAUCCGUUGCCCCAACUGGAAGUUCUCAAGGUACAAUUUAACUAUGUCGAGACCACGUGGAGUCCUGUUAAAGGGCAAUUUGAACGCCUCAAGUUCUUGAAAAUUGAUAACUGUCAUCUGAGAUGUUGGAAUGCGGAGAGUUGUCAUUUCCCAAUGCUGGAGAAGCUUGUUCUUUGUUGUCUAUAUCGGUUGGAAGAGAUUCCAUGGGGUAUUGGUGAGAUACCAACACUCAAACUUAUUCAUCUGGAUUGUUGUAGUAACUCUGCCACGAUUUCAGCUAUCAAAAUCAAAGACGAGCAGCUCGAGUAUCAGGACAAUGAUGACCUUCAAAUCCAAGUUAUUAUGGAUGAUGAUCAAAUGAAGAGCUUCAUGGCAAUGGUGGAAACAGAGGGCCUGACUGUCACGACCGGCCUUAAUUAA